AGCGGGGAUAUUUUUAUGGGCGUUCAAAAGGUAAUGAAAAUAUGUACCACUGAUAACCCCUCGUCCUUACUGUGUGUGUCUGUCUGUGUGUGUGUGUGUGUGUGUGUGUGUGUGUGUGUGUGUGUGUGUGUGUGUGUGUGUGUGUGUGUGUGUGUGUGUGUACCUGUGUUUCCCCCUGCCCCCCUUCCUGACUCCUCUCUCUCUGUGUUUCAGGUGGCGGGGUCCCCUGGCGAGUUCCACUUCGUCCACCACGCCCUGCCCCACGCCCGGACCAAGCGUAGCGUGCCCCACACACGUACACUGCGCAGCGACCCCCACGUUCACAGCGCCGUACAGCAGGCCGGGUUCAAGAGGGUGAAGAGGGGGUACCAGGCCUUCCGAGUGGAGAACCUGGUGCCCCUCCACGCCCUGCAGGCACCAAGACACCCCACCGACCCCUACUUCCCCUUCCAGUGGUACUUGAGAAACGUGGGACAGAACGGAGGGAAGCCACGCCUGGACCUGAACGUGGAAGCAGCGUGGAGGCAAGGCUACACAGGCAGAAAUGUGACCACGGCAAUAAUGGAUGACGGUAUCGACUACAUGCACCCUGACCUGCGCCAUAAUUACAACGCCCGUGCCAGCUGGGACUUCAGCAGCAACGACCCCUUCCCUUACCCUCGUUACACUGAUGACUGGUUCAACAGCCACGGGACGCGCUGUGCCGGCGAGGUGUCUGCCGCGCGCGACAACGGCAUCUGCGGGGUGGGCGUCGCCUACAACUCCUUGGUCGCCGGUAUACGGAUGCUGGAUCAGCCGUACAUGACCGACCUGAUCGAGGCCAACAGCAUGGGUUUGGAGCCUAACCUCAUCCACAUCUACUCCGCCUCCUGGGGACCCACCGACGACGGCAAGACGGUCGACGGGCCGCGCAACGCCACCAUGAAGGCAAUCGUGCGAGGCGUCAACGAGGGACGCAAUGGCUUGGGGAACAUCUACGUGUGGGCAAGUGGGGACGGCGGGGAGGACGAUGACUGCAAUUGUGACGGUUACGCGGCCUCGAUGUGGACGAUUUCCAUUAACUCGGCCAUUAACGACGGCUCCAACGCCCACUACGAUGAGUCCUGCUCCUCCACCCUCGCCUCCACCUUCAGCAACGGCGCCAAGGACCCCAGCACUGGAGUGGCCACGACGGAUCUGUACGGGAAAUGCACCAAGACCCACUCUGGAACCUCCGCUGCUGCCCCCGAGGCUGCAGGAGUGUUCGCCCUAGCGCUGGAGGCCAACCCGGGGCUCACCUGGCGUGAUGUGCAGCACCUCACCGUGCUCACCAGCAAGCGUAACUCCCUGUACGACGCCAAGCGCAGGUUCUCGUGGCACAUGAACGGCGUGGGGCUCGAGUUCAACCAUCUCUUCGGCUUCGGGGUGCUGGACGCGGGGGCAAUGGUGGCCCUGGCCAAGGACUGGGUCACCGUGCCGCCGCGCUACCACUGUCAGGGGGGCAUCUUCCAGUCGCCCAAGAAAAUGACUGUCAACAACUCAGUGCUGCUGGAGAUCACGACGGACGCCUGUGCUGGGAGCGACACGGAGGUGAACUACUUGGAGCACGUGCAGGCCGUCAUCACCCUCAACGCCACCCGCCGCGGCAACGUGGAGCUGUUCCUCGUGUCCCCCAUGGGCACCCAGUCAAUGAUCUUAAGUCAGCGGCCUAACGAUGAUGACAGCCGAGAUGGAUUCACGAAGUGGCCCUUCAUGACCACCCACACCUGGGCCGAGAACCCGCGGGGCACCUGGCGCCUUCAGGUGCGCAUCCCCAACGGGCACGGCGGACGGGACAGGCAAGAAAGGGACGAGGAAGGCUGGAUCAAGGAAUGGACGCUGAUGCUGCACGGGACCCGCGAGGCGCCCUACGACCACCUGGCUGCCAAGGACCCCCACUCCAAGCUGGCCAUCGUCAAGAAGGCUCACCAGGAGAAGAAGAUGUAGGAAUGAUGAUGAUGAUGAUGAUGUACAAAGGAAACUACAUGAAAAAGCAAAAAGAAGGAAUAUGAAUGAAAACGCAGACUAGUUGUCUCUGGGCGAAGGCUCUGUAAGAAUGUAAACCUUUACCAUGCUUCAAUAUCUGCAGGCAAAUGACUUUUUUUUUUUAAUAAUGGUUAUCAAUAGGCAUAUGAAAUGAGAUGCUUUAUGUAUAUAUGAUAUGGAGUAGGAUGUUAAAACAUAUACGAUUUUAAAUUGAUUAUACAUAUGAAUGACUGAUAAAUAAAGUAAGAUCAUGCAGAAGAAGGAUUGCAAAAUACAAAGGUGAUAAAAAAUGGUAAUAUAUCUAAAUACAGUAAGAAAGAAAUGAAAGAAGAGAACAACAAAAAAAAAAGGAAACAUCACAAUGAAAAAGGCACCCAGUCCCCCAUCCAGGUGACCAGGUACAGUUCACUGAUCACUCACCUUGCCAAACAUGUCAGCAACUAGCCGCACUAGAGGUUAAGGGUGAUAGAAUUGCAAUGGACCACUCAACUGACCCAGGGCAUGUCUGAUGAACAGCUCCUCAGUCUUGCAGCUGCUAGCCGGUGUCUGGCCUGACUGGAUAAGCCCCCAGCCCUUCUCCAGUGGGGCCCCCCUAGCCAGGGACUGCUCCUCAGACAUGCAGCUUCUUUUCCUUCAAUCUACACACUCUUCCCACCCCCCCCUCCCCCCAUCUGUAGUGUCUCAAGAUGUGAUUAAAUUUUGUGACUUGAUGCUACUUUGAGGUAUAUUUCAUUCUCCAAAUUACUGUAUAGCUUAAAAUAUCAUCUAUUUGUGUUUCUUAAGUACAGCUUUACGAUGUUUUGUUUACUCAUGACCUUUUUCCUUCAAUGUCAAGUGUGUUGGUGGAGCUCAAGGCCACAGUGAGGCUGCCUGGGGGUGUGGGAUCUGCAGCCACGCAGCUCGAGUUGGUAUCACAGAAACUUAGGUUAACACAGUCUCCACGGACGGAUGAGUCACCAAGUGUCAGUAUUAAAACAUUAGCAGCAAAGUGAUGAAAAGGGAGAGCUACCAACACAUGACACCCCCUGCUUCAGCACACCUCAUUAUGCACAUUCUCCCGGCUAAUGACAACCAGUAUAGUGCAUUUAGGAGUUAAUCCCCCAGUUAAGGACAGCACCGCAGUACAUCUCAAUCUUGAUGCCUGGUACCACCAGCAAUGGCAUUCUGAUACAACAGUGCAGCCAAAGAAAGCAUGUGACCAUCAAACAUCUCACAAAAUCAUGGCUAGAAGUGGAUGAAUUGCCACGGAUGGGCUAAAAAUGAUAUGUGCACACAAUACCAUCAUGCUAGAAUACCACCAUUAAGUCUUGAUGCAACUCUGUACACUUACCACCAGCUGCUCCCUUCCUGUCGAGGUGAAGUACAGAGACAUCACUUGCCCAUGAAGUGAGGGGUGUAUGGGUGGUGGACCCCCGGGUGUGAGUGAGCUGUGCUGUUCUGCAGCGUAGUCAACUGUCUGUGCUUUGUUAUUUCUUGUUUUACACAGAAGCAGGAGGCAGCUCAAGGGCACAAAAAAGAGGAAACAAUAAAGCCCACAAUGGUGCUGCUCCUGCAGCUCAGUACAUGUCUCUGGUAUCAUCUAUGUUGCAGUAAUCCUUGCUGCCAACCUCUGGUCCCUCCGUAUGACCUUGAUAGUCUUGACCAGCCCGGUGGAUGCCAUUCCUUGCUCAGCCCUCCAAAGAACAUGAAUCACUUCUCUGAGUUACUCUAGAGCGUGUCCACCCAAGUAGUGAGUUCCUGCUGUUGCGUGUGUGGUGGCGGGCUGCCCACCUCCUCUCCUGUACCUUAGUGAUCAAGUUAGUAGAGAAAUAAUACAUCAUAUAUUACAACCUAUACAGUAUAUAAAUAAAAUAUAUAAAUAUAUACAUAUACUGAAGAUAAUUCUUUCUAAGUAGGGGAGCACGUAAGGCACUACACAGACUUGCAGGAGUAAGUCCACCGUCACUAACCUCGCCUCUUCCGGUCAUUCUGAUACAAGCCGCUUCUUGACAGCCAAGUUACGGCACAUUGUCAUGAAUAUGUUCACACAUCACACACAAGAAACUUACAAGAUUGUGAAAAAAGUUUCUACAGCCACACACUUUGGGCUUUCUCAUGCAAGUCUCAAGAGUUUCUGUCAGGCUGUGUGGGGUCUCUCUUGUCAGCCAGAGUCUGCGUUCAGUGACAGCCUCCUGUUCUUAUUCUUUCAAAGCUCUUCACUUUGAUUUUAUUGACUCCAAACAAGUUGAUAAUACCUUCAUAGAGUUGGGCUGUGUUGACUAGUCUCUGAUACUACACCUGACUGGGGAGGCUCCAGACAGCUGCCCCCAGGAUGCACACACUCCCACUCUUCGGUGGGAGGUGGUUAGGUAUGGCUGGCUUGCUGGAUGCCACUCUGGACCCUCAGCCUGGCUUGUUGCUACACUGAAUCUGCCUGUGGUCCCUGCCUCAGCUGGGCCCUGGCGACAUUCAGUGGUGGUGGUAGAUGAAAGUGUUUCAAGUUUCCUUUAAUAAACAUCUCAUUCUGGUUUAAAUUUGAUUUGUACUUUUACCAUUAUUCAUAAAAUUUACUCAUUUGGGUACUUUUUUAUUGGUUACGAUGCGAUGACCUGAGAUUUGCUUAGACAUCAAGAACAGUUUGUUAAGUUUCUUUGACAUGAGUAUGUAGAUCAUCCGGCCUUGAUGAGUUGGAGUGGACAAGUGUUUGCAAACCAAAGUUGUGAACACAGUAAGAGUCUCCCAGGGUGGGCCAGAGAGCCAGCUACAGCCUCCCCUAUAGUGACAGCAGUAGGUAAGCUUGCACAAUACCUUCAAGGUUUUGCUUUGUGUGGAUACUUCAAUUACUCUAGCUUUAAUUUUUGAGAAGUUUUAAAUACAAUAAAAGAUGAUAUAUUGUUUUAGAUUUGUAGUUAGAUAUACAAAUGUCUAUUUAUUUAAAACAUAUAAAAAUAUAUAUAUCUUUCUAUGUAAUUCUAUCCUGCAUAAUUUUCAAGUGAAUGAAAAGAGAAAUCCAGACACGUGGAUCGGUAAAAUGCAACCAUUAAGACAGUGUUACAAUUAGUUAUGUUAUGUAAUAGGUCCACUGCAGCAAAGUUAUUUUUUUAAAUUACUGAUGCCUGAGCUAUAUAGUUCUUAUUAUUCUACAGACCAUCCAUUGAUCAUAAUAUUACUUUUAUCCUGAGUUAAGAAUCAGCAGAGGUGAGACAAAUCUUGUCAUCUUAGAGUAUCAGUUAACUAAGUUUUUGAUUGAUUGAGGCGUAACACGGCGUACACACGCGAGCUUUUACCCGAUGUCAAGAGAUGUAUUUUGAAUGUAUCAACAAGGAAAAGGAAGAAACAAUGAAAUUAUUUGGCCUUC